AUGACUGAUAAUGACGAGUUCAACGUUGCUGCAAACAUAAUGAUACCUAUUGAGAACCCCGAAGGUUCUCGAAACAUGACAGACAUCCAAAAUGAAGAGAAAAUGGCUCACAUGCAGCAAGAACUCGAGAUCUUGAGGGAAGAAUUAUGCCAAGUGCGAGACUUGACCAAACUGUCGGCUACCACUUUCCCUACUUUCAAGAUGCCUAUCUACUUCCCAAAGGAUGAUCUGCCUGCCGACUUGCCAAAUCAGCCAGAACAAACACAACAUGCUCUCGCACACGGUCGAGUUCCACCAGCUUCUCUAACCCCAGUCAGGACCAUUCCUGACCUCCCUAAUUGCGACCCUACCAUACCUACAAUGCAGAAGUUACUUGGGGCACAAGUCGCCGCUCCCUACGAGCCACAUGUUCCACCAGUAUAUGCCACUGGAGCUCCUACCUUCCAACGCCACCUGCCGUUAAUAUCCCAUAUGAGGUCGAUCAAUAUGCAAAAAUGGAGAAAGAUGCUUGAUAUUAACGUGUCGCUAGGGUACAAAUCACCGAAGUUUGACAUGUAUGAUGGAAAAGGUGACCCUCACGCAUAUUUAAGGGUGUACUGUGACAAAUUAGUCGGUGUAGGAAGAAAUAAGAAGCAAAGGAUGAUGUUGUUCAUCCGGAGUCUAUUUGGAGAAGCAUUGACCUGGUAUACGCGCCAGGACCCUCGCAAAUGGCGUGACUGGCAGGAAAUGGAUGACGACUUCAUGAAUCAUUUCAGAUUCAAUACUGAAAUUACAGCCGAAAGAUUCUUAUUGAACAACAUACAAAAGAAGCCAUUUGAGAAUUUCCAGGAGUACGCAUGA